AAAGGAAGUUAACAAAUGCGUUGACAAGUGUGAAUGUGGAGAGAGAAAGGGGAAAUUAAAGUCAUAAAAGAAACUCCUACACUCUCCCCACAAAUACUCAGAAGUGACGACAAACGGCGACGCAGUGGACCCAGAAAUCAACAGAAACAUAAAGGGCACGAUAUGGAAGCGGUCAGCUGACUCCUGAGACCAGACGGGGCUAAAGGUGAAGAAAUAUGUUACGUUUGUGGCUCCUGUGGCUCCUGUGGCUCCCAUGGGUGCUCUCUGCGGCGGAUAGGUGCGACCUCCACCACAGCACCCACAGCGUAUCCGCAGUGUCCGCAGUACUAAAGUCCUUGCAGUGCUACAACGACUUCACGUCCUAUUUUCACUGCACCUGGAGGAACGAGCCGAAGCACCAGUCCAACCAAACGCUGAAGCUUUGGCUCAAGGCGAAAAACGCAAGGACGGGUUUGUGCGAAGAGUACCCCGCUGCUGCAGAAGGGACGAGCGAGUGUCGAUAUAAAACCAAAAUAUUCUCUUUGGGGACGACUUACACGGCCUUCUUCAACGAAACCGUCAGAUUCUGCUCCAGCGGUCGUCCCACGAGUCUGGAUCUGUCCACGCUGUUACGAGCGCGAGCACCAGUGAACCUCACCACCUCCAGCUCACACAGCGGUGACCUGAUCACAUGGUCCAGCCCCUACCCACAAUCCUCUGCUCUCAACAACAACAUCACCUACGAACUCAGCUACAGAGCAGACGGACACGACUGGACGUCGGAGAAGCUACGGGACAAUCAGAAGAAACUGGACAAGAAGGAGUUAAGUCCAGGGCACAGACACGAGGCCCGAGUGAGGUCCCGGGUCAGACUGGGCCAAUGGAGCCACUGGAGCCCCACAGUGUCCUGGUACACGCAGCCAGAUGCAGAGACAGCGCCCCCUGUGGACUGUGUGCUGUGGGGGGAGCAGAAGGUGCAGUGCAGAUGGGAGCAGAGCAUUGAGCUCGUCCACUUGAUUAGCUACCAGCUGGUGUGUCGUCACAACCACACUCUGGAGAAGUGGACCGACUGCUGUGAGGAGUCGACGUCCAGCCUGAAGCACCAGGUGGACACGGUCAGAUUCAGCUGCUCCCUGCGCCUCCCUCAGCCCCUCACAUCCUCCCUGCAGGUGGCGCUAGUCCCAACACGUAGCAGCAAGACUUUCAAAUCCACCAAAAACAUCCGUCCUCCCCCCCCAACGGACGUGAAAAUGACAGAGAAGGGAAACAACUGGAUCGUGGACUGGACUCCUCCAAAAAUGAGUUUUAAAGACCUGGACCAUGAGCUUUGCUACUUCAGCCUGGAGAAAGAAGGUCUGGAGCAGAAGUGCAGCGACUCCCCACAGCGCAACCACAUUUCAGAGGACUUGGGGAUUUUGCACAUACCUCAGGGCUCGUCCUCCGGCACCAUCCUGGGCCGGUCCGUGCGCCCGUCCCACAGAUACAGGGUCAAAGUUCGCACCCACGUUCUGCGUCCGUACGAGGGGAUGCCAUCGGACUGGUCUGCUCCCGUCGACUGGACGUCACACGCAGCGGUUUGGCCCGUUUCCUACUGGAUUUACAUUUUCGUGGCUGUGCUCGUGACCAAAGUCUUCCUCGUGCUCUUCAUCGUUCCUGCCUGUCGACGGAAAGCCGUUCUUUGGGUGGAGUCAGUUCCUUCUCCGAGUAAAAGCAAAGUGAUUUUGGACAUUCAGACGGUAAUUAACCAUAAAGUGAAGCUGUACGAGAGCCACCACAGUAAAGCUCUGGACAUGGACAGCGUGUCGACCUGCUCGUCCUAUGUGUCCUUUAGGUCCAACAAGAACCCUGACCCCCCGCAGGCCGAGCAGACGCAGUGGGCGGAGGAGGACGAAGACACGGAGGAGGAGGAGGAGGAGGAGGAGGAGGAGGCGGUGGAUGAGGGCGUCUGGAGCUGUGAGAACAUCCCUGUGUCUCCUCUGUCCAAGGGUUCCAUGACCUUCACUGGACCGUACAUCCUCUGCCAGUCGGUCAAACCAAAUCCAGAGGAGCACAUCCCGGACCAGACUGAACUGUCCUGUCCAGACGUGGGACGUCCUGCCGCAGUGAGGACCGUCUCAUUAGAGGAGGGGUACGUGCGUCUGCCCAGUCACACUCUGCACAGGUCUGUACAGGAUCUACUGUCUCAAACCCGCGACAUCGAGGAGCGAAGCAUCUACAGCACAGAGGAGACCCAGCUCUGUCUGAGCGGAGACUCUAAGACUCUGUGGCCACAGGGGGGCGCCAUCCAGGGCUCAGGAUACUGCCAGCUGCCCCCAGACUUCACAUGUGCUCAGCCACAGAUCAUAGUGUGAUCAGAGACGGCUGCACAGACUCAGGGAAGGAGAAAACAGACUGUUACCAUGGCAAUCAGCAAUUUAAGACACAUGUUUUUAUUCUUUUGGCUGGUCAAAAGUCUUUAAAUGUUGCUGACUCUGACGGAGCUGUGCCAGCUGCCCGGGGUCAUGUGCUCAUGUUUGCACUCAGGUGUCCGACUUAGGACCAUGUUGUCAAUGUUGGAGCCUACGUGUUUAAUGUAAAUGUGACGAAUAUCUGGUGCAUGAUGGAGACGUUCACCAGGUUAAAUAUACGACUGUUUAACUUAGUGUUUUAAACUUAGAGUUUUAAACUUACAGAGUUUUGGUUUGUGCUUAAUUUGUUUAAUAAAUAAAUAAAUAAAUAUAUUUUUGACUUUUG